UUGUAAAGUUAAAAGUCAGCUGUUAUAGUAACUGUUUUAUCAAAAUGGCUGUAUUAGGAAAUAUCUGGAUUUUUGUGUUCUUAAUAUUGAUUGGUAAAAUAUGUUCUGGGCUUCAUAGACCUUCUGUUAGUGCAAAUAUGACCGUCACACUCAGGGCGUCACCGGCAAGUAGGAGGACUUUAAGGGAACAGUAUCGAAAGCGUAUGGACACCAUGGCAGGCUAUAUUCGUUCAGUCCCAGCCACUGUACUUACCCACGAACAUCCAGUUGUGCACACUCAUACUGUAGGUGGGGUUGGUACGGUGGCAGCACACACCCACCAACAUGGUGAAGCUGGUACGGUGGCAGCACACAUCCACCAACAUGGUGGGGCUGGUACGGUGGCAGCACACACCCACCAACAUAGUGGAGCUGGUACGGUGGCAGCACACAUCCACCAACAUGGUGGGGCUGGUACGGUGGCAGCACACACCCUCCAACAUAGAAACUUGCUUCAUGAUCCACGCCCUGCAAAAGAAAACAUUCAAACUGUGCCGCUGCCUCAUGCAUUCAGCCAAACUCGCAGACUGGUUCCAAGACAGAGGAUAAAUCUCUUCCCCCCUUUAGUGGCGGCGCCCCGUAUGUUCACGCGGCAACAUCUACAGGAGGCACUUGGCACAUUCGCAGUAACUCCAAUUCCAGUUGUCAAAACAAACCCCAUGCCAUUGGUAUCGCCAGCAUCAGCAAACGAUCGUAUGCAGAAUUUUCUAAAGAUUCUUCAAGACCGGAAAUCAGUUCUCUCAAAUGAAAAGGAUGCUAAAACUGUCAAACAACACUUGUUUGAAAUAAAUGCAUUUAACACAGAACGACACCUCAAUGGAAACUCUAAAAUUGAUAAGCAGGUCACAUAUAUUGAACAGAUUGGUGACCCUAUUGUAAAACGUGAAGUUUUUAAGAUAUAUGUCAAAGAUUUGGUAGAAAAGAGUGGUUUUCUGACAGGAUCCAAUGUUCAGACCAGCGAGAUUGAAUCCUUGAAAGCUUUGGUAAACAAAAUUGAGGACAUAACAUCAAGAGUUGAACAUUCAAUUGAGCCUCUGCAAAGCAGAAUUAUUCAAGACACUCCAGUAAAUUCACCAUUAGUUUCUGGCAAUGCCGAUGUGUUUGGACAUUCAAGUGUGCAUGUAGGUAACACGUUGAAACCCCAUGUUCAAGGACCAGUUUCUGAAGGGAUUUUGUUGGCCGACAACAUAUUGUUAUCCGAACAUACAAUACAAGCUCCUAGGAAUAACAGAGACGCCGUGAGAGAGAAACUUACACAAACAUUAUCAGACAUUAGGUCUCUUCUGGAUAACACCAGAGCUCGUGGAAGAGCAGCGGCACAGGUUAACCCUGUCUCCGCUGAACUAUCCUCUCUUGUUGGGAAGUCCAUUUUCGGUGAUCGCAAUGUAGAUUUGACAAUCUUUGGGGACGUUCUAAUUAAGCCAACAACACAAGCGCCGUCAGUGAUUCAACAAACUACUACCAGGGAAUUGACUGCUAUUGCGAUCCAGGCGGAGGUGAUGGGAGGUACUAGCUCCUACUGGACGCACCUCCGGUCCGGCCUCGCAGACUUGCUGUGCUCCUUUUGCCAGAAACAAGGUCGCCAAGACUGCAUCAAGAUCUACUGUUCUAAUGUUGUGGAGAAGGCGACACCUUCGCCCUUGGUGACAAUAGCACGCUGAAAUGCAUGCAGGUGCCUACUUGUUCCAAAAUAGAGAACUUAUAAUAAAACCUUUUUAAGGAACUAAUAUACAGCCUCUAUAAAACCCCUUUUGGUAAAACCAGUAUGCUGGAAAAGGCAAAGAUCGAGAAUGGAGACGUGUUGAUAAUGAAAAUGUGGCACGACAGGGUGAAGGUGAAUGGCAAAGUUGUGAAUAUCGUAUUAGAGAAAGGACCUCGUUGGCAAAUGUGAUCCGUCCAUAGGUCAAUGCCUCAGGGAAAGCAGGACAUACACAUUAAUACAUGUAAAUGUAAAGGUUAGUGUUUUGCUAACAGUGGCUGAAAGGAAUGUCCAAUAAAGCCGUUGGGAAUAAAAGAAAAAUAGUAAUAAGGCCAAUAUAUCUUCAAAUGGGCAAGUGUGAUUUUCUGAAUCUGUCUGUCGGUUUGGGAAAUAAGAAUACCUUUACUAAUUGCAUAGGCUAAUAAAUCUAUAAGAAUGAUAGGGGCUUCAUAAAAGUCACUCAAAGCGGCGAGAAAUAAGGUUGCAUGAGAAAUAGAGACCAAUAGGGCUUGAUAUUGUAAAUAGGAAUACAUGAAUAUAAUUUAGUGUUUGAUGAUAAUACGAUAAGAAAUAUCUAUCAUUAAGGUUUUAGAAUAAAUGAAUAGUACCAUGCAGUGUUUCUUUACGCUGACAACGAUAAAAAAUGAAAUGUUACUAGAAUUUGCUGUAAUGAUUAUGUAAUUUAGAUGUCUGUUGCACGACUUGCGUCAAUACUAGAUAUCCAUCGUCAUGUGAAAUUCUUACAUUACAUGUUCCGUAAUCACCUUUUCUUAAGGUUUGAUAGCAUUUUGUCCUUGCGUAAAUGCUGUUUGAACGAAAUUUUGUUCUUUAGAUUUAAAAUGGUUAUUCGAUACGACUAAAAAUAGGAGUAUCUUCUGAUAUUUGUUACGUCGUAUAUAUUUGGUAAAAUGGCUAAUCCAAUCGGAUCGCAAUAUUGAAACAAACAAUGACCUCAUAACUCUAUGAGUGUUAUUCAAUACAAUAUUAUAAGAUUAUAAGAUUAUAAAUUUGCAUAAUUAUGUCUAAGGUAUAUGUAAUUGUUCUUUUUAUAUUUCUCAUUUUCUUCAACCAAAUUUGAUCGGAACCAGAACUCAAAAAUUACUCGAAGGAAAUUAUUGAAACUUGGAGCAUAGUGAUGUGAAGUAAACUAUUUUACUUUCUCAUUCAAUAUUAUCUUUCUUCCACAUCGCUCUCAAAGAAAAGUUUUGCGUCGAAAACAAUAUUUCUAGUUUAAUAAUUAUGAUAUUUCUGGCAGUACUUGCCAGUUGGGGAUAAACAUUGACCAUAUGAAAUCCGUAUGUAUUUACUUUUGUUAUUUUCGAUUUAUACAGUGAUAGAAAUAAAUCACAAACAAAAGGUU